GGGGUUGAGGCAAUGUGGUAUGAUAUAUCAAUGAAGGCUUACCAUCAUUUUACAACAGAGACAUCAUAGCUGUUUGUAUCAGCCUCCUUGUUACCAACGUUGAUUACUCACUACAACUGAGCCUUCUUGUUAAUCUCAUUCAACAAUACCACACCUAACACCUGAUAUGGCUCCAGCCUUGUUGAACUACCUGGGCUUGGGUGGCGGCAGUGCCACCACCCCUGAAGACGAAAAGAGCUCCGUCCGGGCCCUACCCGCACCAUGGUACACAUCAGAAGAGAUGUAUGAGCUCGAGAGACGUGCCAUCUUUUCGAGAAGGUGGUUGUUGACCACACAUCAAAACCGGCUCAAACAAGCUGGUGACUGGCUGCGUUAUGAGAGUGCUGGUUUCAACAUCAUCAUCGCCAAAGACCGCAAUGGAAACAUCAACGCCUUCCACAAUGUCUGCAGACACCGUGCAUACCCCGUCGUCGACGGGGAACAGGGCACCUCCAAGAUCUUCGCCUGCAGAUACCACGGAUGGUCUUACGGACUGGACGGCAAGCUCGCCAAAGCCCCCGGGUACCAAGACAUCCCGGGCUUUGACAAGACCCAGAACGGUCUCUUCCCAAUCCACGUCCACGUUGACAUCAACGGCUUCAUCUGGAUCAACCUCGACGGCAAGCAAAAGCCCGAGGUACCGUGGGAGGAAGACCUCGGUGGUGCCGACUCCCAGGAAAGGCUUCGACAAUUCCAGUGGGACCAGUACGAAUUCGAUCACGUCUGGGAGAUCGACGCCGCCUACAACUGGAAGAUAGCAGCUGACAACUACAACGAGUGCUAUCAUUGCAAGACCACCCAUCCUGACAUCCCCACCGUCGCAGACCUCGCGUCCUACAGUGUCAACGUCCAACGUGCGUGGAUACAGCACAAUGGUGCCACCACGGCCGAGCAGAAAGAAAAAGGCUUGACUGUCUGCGCCACUUACUUUUGGCCCAACGCCUCGUUUAAUGUUUCACCCCAUUUCUUCUUCACUCAGCGUUUCAUCCCCCGCGGACCCAAGAGGACUCUGGUCCGCUACGAGGUCUUCCGCAACAAGAACUCGUCGGAUGAAGAUUUCCAGCUCAUCAGCGACAUCUACAAGCGCAUCAUGUCGGAAGACAAGGCCUUGUGUGACGCCGCGCAGAGAAACCUCAACACGGGCGUGUUCAUCAACGGCGAGAUGCACCCCGUCAUGGAGAAAGGUCCUCUCUACUUCCAGAAGCUCGUCCGCGAAGCGGUGACGGAACACCACAAACGCGAACAAGCUGCGAAGGCGGAGAUCUGGCCUGCCCGACAGACCCUCCCCACCAGUGCCCUGGUGACCAAGAAGGACAUCGACUUUUGUUCGGGUCUUGCCUGUUCCACCAACCAGGAAGGCCUGGUCUGGUGAAGGAGACUCUCUCUCUCUCACUCACACACACAUAAGAGGAGGAAAACAUAGGUUUGUCCCUUGCGAGGUUGACGAGCCACAUUUACGAACAACGGUCCUGAUUCGGAACUUUCUUUCUUUUUAAUGCAUAGCAUAGGAUUGGGGAUUUUUAUAUUAACGACAUUUGCAGACUUUUUACUUUUUACUACAAAUUAUACAACGAUCAAAGAGAGAGAGACAGAGAUUUGGUCUACCGUCAAAACAAAUUUCCUAUUACGCCACCCGGAUGAGAUGCGUGAUUGUAUGCAGACUCUUCUUACCGUCUCGUACCUACCAAAGCGACAAAGGAAAGCCAACUCUGCCCUGAGCAAGGCCUCCUUACCAUACCUCCCAGAGGUGGGGUCCCAAUAAAAACCACUGCGACAAUCUCCUGAAGCGACACAUUGCCUUUCUCUCGCCAUACGUAAAGAAAGCGACAAUGUAAAUGCCAGUGCCACACAAGCAUUGGAAUAGACCUCGAUGGAUGCAUCAAUCCAAGCAGCAAGCAACACACAUCAUCGAGGGGAACUGCAGAUCCAUUUCCUAGCCACCACAUGCUGUACGACAACGAUACUUGACCCAUCCCAUCGACAGUAAUCACGCCCUCGCUCCUCACGGUUGCAGCUGAAAGAAACGAGUAUUUUCCUAGUCAUACUCGCGCUGUAGAGUCCGGAAGCAGACCCUUGUACGAGCACAAUCAAGCCAAAAGCAAAAGCAAAACCAGCGCGAAUCGGACUGGGAAUGUGAACGCGACAAGCCAGUUGUGGUCCUUUGUAACCCCUCCUCGACCUACCACGCGAGCUACACAUACUGCCAGAGCAAUACUUCAUCAGGGCGUGGGUUUUGCGUAAUGCUAGAAACCGGUCCUUAUCUCCAAGCGAAAAAGAUCACGGCAUCGUCAGAAAACUCUCGAGCAGAAUUCAAUGGAAAGGGGCCGAUGCUCGUCAACUACAGAGGGAAGAUAAACUCGACGCAGACCAUGAUGGAAGUGGAAUAUGGGUCAUGUCAUUGUCGACGUAAUCAUGAUCAACUUACACAGGAGUGUGGGCAAAGUCUCACGGUGGUGAUAGCGAUAAGCUCGUGUCAUGGUAAGCAGGGCGAUCACCGACAGACACCGGACAGGCUUUCUACGAGUGAUUAAGUCAGUCAAUCACUGCCCAAAUCAAGCGGUCAACAGGUCACCAACCCCCGGACUGUUGUCAACGCUAUCCAAGAAGAUAAUGACUACACACGCACACGCUGCCAGACGUCAGGGUGAUUGUGUGCUUGAUCCAUAUGAGGUGAGGUAGGUUACGACUACGAUCUGUUGUCGGGCUGUGAGUAAGAAACCGGCCGGCACCCCAUCAUCCACCCUUUUUGCGAGUAAGUGCAACUGUGCAGGUAGGUUUUGCCCGCCACGAAGAUCUUCGCAACCGCAACCGAAGGAAAGAAACGAAAAGAAAAGAAAAGAGAAGUUGGAUGCAGAACCCCAACGUUCUGGACAACAAAGAUUUGAUGACAACUAUGUGGAACAGUAAGUCUGUUCAGUAAAUCUGUAGAUAAGAAGCCGCCGCCUUGUGACAAUGGGGAGGCGGUGACGAUCAGCAGCCAGCCACCCAAGCGUCAAGGAGUCAAAAAAGGGGAGUAUCCUCGUCAAAAAUGUCUUGUCUUGAUAACACGUAGUACCUGCUGCGUAAUGAGAAUGAAAGGGAGAUCCAUGGAAGCGAUUGGGCGGAACUCUACGGAUUUGUCUCCUCGUACGAGCAAAGAUCAAAAAAAAGAAUAGAGCUUGUGGUAGAGCAGGAUGCAUUGUCUGAAAAUGG